CUCGCUUUUCUGCAAGCACCAAGUAAGCUUAAAAUGUCCGCCAUACCGCGUACUCUCCGAGUCGUUCCAAAAACUUCUCUAAAGCCGGGAAGUAAAGUUCUCCCACCACCGCUCACAAACCAGAAUGAGCGUGCAUUCAAAGAGCCUCUGCUCCGGAUUAUGGCUCGCAGGCAACAAGAAGCGGGUGAUAUGUGGCCACCAAAUUUGCGCAUCGAGCCCCAUGUCACGAAGACAGUUAUUGGCAAAGCGCCGGAGGAGAUGCGCGUUCAGCUGAAGAGAUUGUUGAAGGAACGGUGAACACGGCAUGGAUGUAUCAUAGACACCCUGUGUUGUUGCCCUUCGCAGGACCGGCUGCUUAAUGUAUUUAUGAACACCGUUUUAAUAGUACCCCACGGUCUUAUCAUGUGGUUGCAUUCUGCAAAUUUAUUGCGAAGAUAGGAAGCGUCCUGAAAGAACACGCGAAUGUAGCUUCCCCAGCA